GAUGUAAUUUAUGAACAAAUCGCGUCGUUAAACAUAUUCUGCAAAAUGUUAAUAAAAACAACGUUAUUAACAGUUCUUCAACAUGCCAAGUCCCUGGUGCGGCCGCCAAUAGCUUUGGCACUACCUUCCAAAAUACAUACGAGCGCUAGCUUGAAAAAGGCAGAAGAUCGCAAGGAAAUGCUAGCAUCCCUGCCAGCUAAAGAUGAGGGUACGACCGGUGAGAAAUCAGUUGACAUUGAUACCCUAAUCAACAGAAAGGCCAAGUUUUUCCCGGAUGCCGACACUGCCUCUCAGCUGUUCAACGGCAUCCCUUUCAACGAACUCCCCAUUUGCAACAUUCGUGUGUCGCCAAAUAACACAAUUAUUUCGGUAUCGGAUUACAAGGGGGUUCCCAGACUUAUACGUUCAUGUGGUAUAGAAGGCUUCAAAAACACAAGAAAGGGAACAAAUAUUGCAGCUCAAGCCACGGCCGUUACCAUAAGCGCAAAAGCCGUAGAACUUGGUUGGAAAACAGUCAGAGUAAAGGUACAAGGGCUGGGACCAGGACGCAUGUCUGCUAUCAAAGGUCUACAAAUGGGUGGUUUGAAUAUAGUGUCUAUUACUGACAAUACCCCCGUUUCAUGGAACCCUCCACGACCUCGAAAACAGAGAAGCCUUUAAUUCAGCACCGAAGAACGUUAGUCAAAGAAUAAGUUAUGCAUGUUUUUUGUGUUUCUAUUUAGAUUUUGACAUAAUAUAAAUUGUACAAUUCUAGCUAAUGAAGUA